CAGGUGUUACAUUGCCUUCCUCAGGCGCGGUCACCAGUGGGGCCUGGCCCUCCUCUGCUGGGGUCCCACAGGCGGCGUCCUGGGUCCCCUGACCCUAGGACCAGUGGGCACACGAGGACUCGCCCCCAGCCGGCUAGGGACUCCCCCAGGACCUCCCCAAAGACCUCGCCAAGGUCGUCUCCCAAGUGUUCACCUGUGAGGCAGCAGCUCCAUAGAGAGAGGUCAGCCAGCCCCCGACGGUAUGUGGCGCGGGGCAGCAGCGUGGGCGUGCCGGGGCGCGGCGCCCACGCCUCCACGCGGGUCACGCCCUCACCCCCAGCCAAGCGAGCCACGCCGCCCACCUCCCCCCGUGUCAGGCGCCAGCGGUCGCCCUCGUCCAGCGGCGCCGCCCGCAGGAACCCCUCGCCCAAGCUGACCGAGGUGGUAAAGCUCCGGCAGAAGUGUGGCACGUCUCCCGGAGCCUCCACACCUGCCACGCCCACGUCCCGCGCCCACUCCAUCACCCCAACCUCACCUCUCAGCCCCUCAGCCCGCCGCCCGCCCUCGCCCAACACCAUAGCCGCUGCUGCCAACAGUCUCAGCAACGCCAUCGCUGCCAUCACCACCGCUGCCCUCACCACCACUGCCACCACCACCACCACUACCACCACCAGUGGGGUGAGACCGCCCUCGCCCGGUGCGAGAAGAGCCCCCUCGCCUACCACAGGGGCGCGCCCACCUUCACCGGGGUCAUGGCGGCCGCCCUCGCCUCGCGGCACGUCACCUAGAGGUCGCGGCGCGUCGCCCGGGUCGCGCGGGCCGCCCCUGAGUGAGGAGGCGGUGCAGUGGCGGGUGAGGCGGGCCCUGAGGGCGCGGCUGUACCUCCUGCACCAGCCGGGACCCAACUCCUUCACCGUGGGCGGCGACACGCCCACACACAAGUACAAGGUCAUCAUCGGUCCUCAGACGUGUUCGUGUGGUCACGGUCCGUACUGCGUGCAUGUCCUGUUUGUGAUGGUGCGAGUCCUGCAGGUGGCAGAGGCAGACCCUGUCCUCAUGGCUGGUGCACUCAAGGACUUUGAGGUCGAGCAGCUGAUGGGGGCAUAUGAGGAGAGGCUGAAGAAGGCAGUUAGAGCAAGGGGGCGCCGUCAAAGUGGGGCAAGUGGGUCAGUUGGAGAAUUACCUGCUGGAGGUAAAGGUGGACGGUCAAGCCCUUCAACCCCUACUGGUCCACCUUCAUCUCAUCCCGAUCCAACAAAUGGUGAUGAUGACUCCCAGUGUCCCAUCUGCCUGAUGUGUAUGGUGGAGGGGGAGAGCCUGGUCGUGUGUGAGGCUGGGUGCCGUAACCUGCUGCAUCACCACUGCAUGGCUGUCUGGGCUGCUCACCGAAGUGCCCAGGGUCAGCCUCUCCUUUGCCCUCUCUGUAGGGCACCCUGGCCGCUCAAGCACCACCCACGCCUCACACCUACUCCAGGGAGCAUAUCUGUAACCCGCCCACACACUUCUACCUCGCCUCCAGCUGCCUGGCCGCAACCCCUGGCACCAGACUAUGCCUACCCAUUGAUGAGUGCCAGUUUCUCAGGAGUUUGCAUCAGUGAUCGCCAGAGUCCAACCGGAUCUGGAUUAAUGUCACGUUCCUUAUCAGCUUACCCACAUACCCAAUCACCAUACACAGACUCUGCGUACUCCUCACCUGCAGGAGGCUCAAUCUACCCACCAACUGUUAGAGGGGAGGUGUCAGCAGCCAUUGUAGUGAGUGCCUCUGAGGAACCAGUGCCACUACCCAGAAGUGAGCCAAUACCUGCAGAACACGAGUCUACGGCUGCUGGUUGGGUUCAUGUCUUCGGCAAAGAACUUGUCUCGUGUCUUUUCUCACGUGAUUGGGCAGUAAGAGAAACUGGUCUCAGGAGACUUGCGCACGAGGUACUUAAAGUGUUACUCUUGGACAGACUAAUGACAGCUGAUGAGAAAAGACGGCAAGUUAUCCACUGUUGUGCUAAUAUUCUCGCCCAGGUGGCGAACGAUCCUGUUUACAAAGUGUACCUGGCAUGUUUGCGAUGUUUGAGAGAGUUGUUAUCCCACCUUAGUCCUUCAUCUGCAAGUCAAGUGACGGCUCUACAAGAGUUAUUCCGUCCACUUGUCCACACAUUACUUCUGAAAUGCGCAGAUGGGAACAGACGUACAUCACAGAUCAGUGUGGAUUGUAUAUUGGAGCUGUGUCGUGGUCAAGAUGGUGAACUGGCAUUAGCUACUCAGGUGUCAACUUCCACCCCUGGUCUUGGAGGCAUUUCUUUUAUUCUCUCUUGUAUCUUGGAGGACACCCCACCUUCAGAAGCUCCAUGGCAGUGGCUCCUUGGACGCCUUUGUGUUCUCGAUCGCCUCGUUGAUGAGUUCCCAUCAGAAUUCCAAUUGCAGUAUGUGCCACUUCAGCCUACAGAGUCUGGAUAUAAACUCCAAAACUAUGAUCGUUUAAUGACUGUAGUGGAGUUUGCCUUUAAGGCUUUAGGAAGUAGCCAUGCAACUGUUGGCAAGUUAGCACGCCGUGUAUAUAUAUGUGGAGCAAGGUUUGCUGCAGCUGAACCAGCAGUAUUCCACCAAGUUUGUGACAUGCUUUCAAAGCUAGAUGUAUCAUUACAGAUGCGUCUGAAACGUCGACUGCGUUCCAUGCAAGGCCAACAUAGUGAUCGUAAAGCCACGCUUGCACGUUUAGAGGGAAAGUUAAGUACAUGGGAUCUUGGUGAUACUGCUGGUCCACGACUUGUGCGCUCUGUUUCUCAUUCACCAUCAAGAAUGUUAUCGGCUUUAAGAUCUUCCUCACAAUCACCUGCACGUCAGCCUAUAAUCACAGCAACUCUUAAAAAAGACACAGAACGAACAAAUAAGAGUGCUGCAGGACCUACGUCUUCCCCACCCAGGCCAACUAACCUGCCAUUAGACUGUUUUGAAGCAAAAUUUAGAGAAAAACAAGCAAAAUUACGUCUUUAUCACAAAACAAGGCCAAAAAAUGAUGUCCCUUUCAUUGUACCAAAUCUACUAGUAUCACCUAUACAACGGCAUCACAGAUGGAGUCCCAUGAAAAUGGGGGGUGUUCUCAGCAAAGGUGGACUUUCCCAAAGCCACGGUGAUGCUCUAGAUGUUUCUCCUCAGACACCUGUAGGAUCUGUAGCACCACCACAGUUCUCCUUCAGAGAUGUAGUGAGUUCUCCUGCUACACCCACUGUUCCACACUGCACACCGGUUAGAGAGAUGACUCCACCACUUUCUGAGAGUAACUGUGAUGCACAAAACACCCUAGACCCAUGGUCGAGACACGAAGCUCCCCUACCAGUCAUACCGGGACUUGACCUUCUUCCAGCCCACCUCGACGAAGUCUUACACCCUUAUGAACAGAAUGUGGAGGGUGGACAGUAUGAGGAGGGAAGGGACUGGGUGCGAGGACCAUUGCUGGGCACAGGGGCAUUCUCUUCAUGUUAUCAAGCUCGAGAUGUGCGGACUGGCACGCUGAUGGCUGUCAAGCAGGUCUCAUUCUGUCGGAACAAUGAGGAGGAGCAAGAGAGAGUGGAAGCAUCGGCGGAAGAAGAAAUCCUCAUUAUGUCUCGUUUGCGUCAUACCAAUAUUGUGAGGCUUUUAGGUGCCUCCAGACAUUCAACAUCAUUUUCCGUUUUCACUGAAUGGAUGGCCGGGGGGUCAGUAGCCACUAUGCUGGACAAGUAUGGCACUUUUUCAGAACAUGUCAUCUUGAAGUACACCAAACAAGUGCUGGCCGGAUUGGCAUACCUUCACGACAACAAAAUCUUGCACCGUGACCUUAAAGGUGCUAACCUAUUGGUAGACAGUACCGGCCAGUGGUUAAGAAUUGGAGACUUUGGGACAGCAGCUCGAAUGGCAAGCAAGUCAACCGUUACAGGAGAAUUUCAAGGGCAACUGCUUGGCACAAUAGCCUUUAUGGCUCCUGAGGUCUUGCGUGGAGAAGAUUAUGGUCGUUCCUGCGAUGUUUGGAGUGUGGGCUGCUGUGUUAUAGAGAUGGCUACCACCAAGCCACCUUGGGGAGCUGAUCAUGUUUCCAAUCAGUUGAAGCUCAUGUACAAGAUUGCUACAAGCAACGGACCCCCCACAGUACCUGAAACACUCUCAGCCAGUACGCGGGACUUGGCUCUCCGCUGUCUAGAGAUCAAGAGUGAAAACAGACCACCAGCCAAGGAACUAAUACAACAUCCAUGUUUCAAGACACAACCACCAUGACCCCAUCCUCCCACAAAAUUAUCUACUGCUAAUUAAAGGAAAAAUUAAAUUCACAAUUCAUAUUGAAAAUUAGAGGUCGUGAUAUACAGUAUUUAAAUUUUAUUAUGAUUAAAUUUUGAAUUUAACUACUAUUUAGUAAAUUUUAUAUUUUUUAAUUUGACAAAUUGUUUAGGGUAUUUUAGUUAGUCAUAUACAGUAUGAUAAUUAUAUAAUUAUCAUACUGUAUAUGAUAUGAUUUCAUAGAUUUUUCUUUCCAUGAAUAAAAUUUGUGGUGUUAGCAGGCCACAUGAAUAUUAUUUUGGUGGAAUAUACAAAGCCUUAAAUUGGCAAUGCCAAAUCAUUGUUGUUCCAUUUCAAUAUUUACCUCUGAAUGUCUUGAAAAUCUGAUAGUACAAAUUUUCACUGUUACUUUCCAUUUCUUUUAAUUCAUUAUUAAUCAGUAAAGCUCUUCUCCUGAUGAAAUUGGUUAAAUGUGAGCAGGCAGAGCAUAUAGAGCUUGGUAAGGGACGUCUAGCUCUAUAGUGUAUAUAUUAACAGUAUACACGUAGCUUAGUGUAGGUCAUAGGCGGCCUCCUUCAAGAACACCCAUCAGACUAAGGAAACAUUAACUUCAUGGACAUCACGACUCUUUGAUUUGCCCAAGUACAAGUCUGAAUUUGGGAGCACCAUUGUCAAUAAAAAUUUAAAUUUGGGAGCACCAAUGUUAGACUCCCAAAUAGGCAUUCAAAGUCUAGAUGCUCCUUUGGCAUUGAUGGCCUCAUGGUAUGUGGGUGUUAGGAGGGGCAGUGUCCCCGUGAAGGUGGAGUCGGGCCUGUCUGUCCCCCAAAACUGGUCAGCAGGACCAAGUAAUAAAUUACAAUAAAACCAAUAUGAAAGAACAAUUUGUAUUUUUUAAACAUGAGAUUUCUUUUUUUUAUGAUUUGCCAAAAUAAUUUAAGGUGUUAUUUCUCAUGUGAACUGAAAUAAUUAGAUUUCUUGCUCCUGUCAGACCAGUAUUGAUGGACUUGCAAAGUUGCUCCACAGAUUUCUUUAUUUUUCCUGUGGGUAAUCUCAACAGCCUCUACAGUGGCAUGGUGCUGUCAUUUUACCUCACAAACUUCAUCUAAUUCUGUUCUUUUAGAGUAACUUGCAUGCAACUGGUGAGCAGCAGAUGAUGUUAGUAAUGCUCACAGGUGUGCCAGCUCUGUGUUUGGGAACUGGCUGAUUUGUGCAAUUUUUCAGCAGUAAUCUGUCUCCCAUCAGUUCGGCCAGAGUUGCUUGUGUGGGUGAAAUAACUAGCUGUUAACUCCGACUUUUGCCAUCAUUCUGUGAAAUUCCAUUGCAUUUGUAACACUUUACAAAGUGACUACAGAUCUCAGUGUAAUUUAGGGGACCAAGUAGUCUUUACUAUUUAUGUAUUUUAUUUAAAUUAUUUGUAUUGUGUCUCCCUUUACUUGUUACGUAUAUUAGUUUCUCUGUCCCCAGUUUCUCAUACUUUUUGAAUUUCUAAAAUAUUCAUGUACACCAUAUUGUGGUGAAUAAUGAUAGUAGUAGUACUGUAAUUUACUACUACUGUAAAUAUUUGUGUUCGACAAGUCUUCCUUAGCUGGGUCAUGAAUUAUCUGCAUGGGAAGACUAUCUUAUCAAACACAAUCAACAAAAGAACAAAAAAUGUUCCAAAAAUAAUUUAGUUAUUGGUGUGAAACACUGAACUAAAGGAAUAGCUGCCGAGCAUGGUUAAUGAAAUGUUGCAAUGCAAAGAAUCCAGCCAUAUUUAAUGUUUAGUCACAAUUUUUUAAUGGUGCUGGAAGUUAAAACUAAAUUCUGUAGUUUUACAGAUUUGAAAAACCAAUGUCCUAGCUGUAGGAAGAAUGUUCUUGACACUUUAAUUUAUUUAUUUAUAUUUGUUAAUCUGGUAAGCCCACAGAACUGUUACAUAACUCUGACCUGUGUUUGUUCUUCUAGUGUUAAGGGUCAACUGCGGACAAGCACCUGACAAUUUACCAGUGGGGAGUUUGGGGCUUAAACAAUGUUGAAAUUGGUUUAACUGGCAGUUGUUGAAAAACCACCCCACAUAGUACAAAAUGUUUCAUUGUUAAGAUAUAUUAACCUCCCCAUGACUGAGCCUGCGCUUCCAUGGAUGUUUUACAAAGUUCGGGUGUAUGUCCUCUUUGACACUUUUGAAAUUACGGUAUGUCAAAAAGAAAAAAAAAAGAAAAUGUACUUAUUGUGAACUGGGGAAUAAUUGUUAAUUAUGGGCUACUCCCAAAUAAUUAAAAUGUUAAGAGGAUUAAGAGACAUCCAUUGCAGAAUUGUCAAAAACCAACCCACUGAAAAGUGCCUUAAUUUUUUUUUUAUCCAAAUUUAUCAGGAAGGGAUUCUUGAGUGAAGCAUAAUACAGAAACAAUGCAAAUUACAGUACUCUAAAAUAGUAAAUAAAUUGAAAAAUUAUAUUAUGACCUAAAUUAAAUUGCUGAGAAUCCCUUCAUCAAUCAAGUGGCCAAUUCAAUUUGGAAACGUGUAAAAAAAAAUAAUUGUUUUAAGUGUGUGGGAUAUGUGGUGGAGAUCACUAUUUCUGGCGGACAAUUCUGUUCUUUAUAUAUAUGUCAAGCUUUAAUCACACUUGUGCCUCAUACUAUUUGAACUAACUUCACAUUUGUUCUAGAGUACAAGAUUACUUUCUGUAUCUCCACCCAUCCCAGGUGCCAAAAUGUACAGAGCACAACCCUAGUUUAAGCUAUUUUUCUACUGUUCACUGUUUGCAUUUCUCAAAUGAAACUUUUUGUGAAUGUCUGGGACCAAGUUUCAGAAAACCUUACUGUUUAUUAGGUUUUUUGUAGUUGAUUUUUUGGUAGAUUAUAAUACAAAUUUGCAAGAAAAA